AUGGCAUCGUUGACUUUUGAUGCUUGCGGAUGUGCCGGCCUGGCUCUUGCCACGGGCAACUCUACUAGGAGGUGUGACUGUUAUGCGAUGCGUGGCAACGGCCAGAGCGAGGCCCAAAAAGGCAAAAACACCUGCCCCUGGGAUCCACGGUCGGCGUACUGGAUGAUUGGUCUGGAUCCUGCCUUCCAGAAGUCUCUAUACAUCACCACCGUUGAGGAGAAUGUCACGACCACUGUCCACAGGGCCACGCCUUACUGGAUACCUCCUAUGUAA